UUGCUCCUUUGAAACCCCGGUUCAGCUCCUCUCGCUUGCUUGGGCCACUGGGCGACGCUGUCAGCAUGGAACUCGAGCCGACGGGUGUGGUGGGACAGGUAGUUCAUGACUUCGAACAGCAGAGGCCGAAGAGCCUUGAACAGCUUGCAACAGCCCGCAAGGCGGCGACGAAGACUGUGGAGAAAGCCUCCUUCCUGCUGCAGCCCAAGGCCGCCGUGAGGGCGGAGAACGUGGCGAGAGGUCAGACGCAGGUCGACCGCGCGGCUCGCCGGCUGAAGGAAGACACGAGGGAUCUUGAGCACUUGAGCCAGGGCUGGGCCAACGCUUACGCCGACCUCUCGAAGGAGUUGGUGCUGAUGGGUGACAUGAGGGCCUGGACGGAAACGCUGGAGCUUAAGCUACGCUCAGUAAAGGCGGAGCUUGAGCACUCGAAGGGGUGCAUGGUAGCGUGGCAACGGUUAAACGACGAAGAUGCAGAAGACCGAUGAGGAGAAGCGGACGAUGAGGCCGCAAAGCUUUUCAGCUGUAAUGGUCUCUCAUCUCGAAGUCGUUUUCUUUCUUUCUUUAGUUUGGCAUCGACAACGCUGAUCAAUUAGGAGACGUUAAACUUGCGAAUUGCGGCAUGUAAAACGCGGAAAUACGUGUUACUCCUCGGGCCCUCCCCGGCCGGGAGGGGCGCGGAGGAUAUUGGACGAUCUGCAGCAGUAGUCUAGUCUCCGGAAAAGAGAGAGAGGGGGAGGGGGCGGAGGCAGGUGGAACAAGUUGAGCGGGGGGCGGGGCGGGGGGGGGNUUGACGUCGCAGACAAGGUACGUGUUGCAGGCACUGGAUGCGUGUGUGUGGUAUCGCGGUGGAUGUACAUGAGGUUCUUUUGCAAAGAAAGUGUUGGCGUCUUGUAAGUAGUAAAUUACGAGUGACAUCUUGGAAAGCAACAACUAUCGGAAGCCCCAUCCCUUUUAGGCUACGAGGAUACUUCUGGUCGUGCCAUGCCCAUGCGUGGGGGUUGUUUCGUCGUCCUACGUGAUCCCCCCCCCCUCGUCGAGAUAAAGCUUCGCGCUGCGGGGCAACAAGACCAUGUUCGAAUACCCCGUGGCCCGCCCACCCCACCAUGUGUCGUUGACAAACACUCGGCGAGAGGGGGAGAGGAACUCCACGGUUGUCUCGGAAAGCGCGGAAGGAACUGAAACAUCGCAAAACAACAACAGUAACACCACACGCCCUCGCUGGUAAGCGAAAUGUGUCUAUGUUUCGUAUACCGAUUGCGUCGCACAUCACGCUCUCGCACCCACCCUUUCCUAAGUCAGCGUGUCUUAACAAUCGGUGUCCACCCGGGACAAUCAAGUGUCGACGCCCGGACUCGGAAAAACACAACAGUACCAACGACACCACCACCAUCACCAACAACAACAACAACGUCUUCGUCCGCGUGAAUGAAAUCUACCUCACACAUACAUGCGUGUUUGCCUGUUGUCUACAUGUGUAACGCGCUCACCUAAACCGGAGCGAGUAAGCAUAGGCUAUAAUAGAGGAGCGAGAGAGCAAGGUGCUAGGGUACGACCUAUAUGCUCCCCCCUCCGACUCUAUUAUUUCGCCCCCCCCCCGCCCGCCUCUCCCGCCCGAUAUUAUUGAGUGUGACAUGACAUGGUGUGAUACCCGUGAACGAAUACGUCUUUCGUCAGACUGUCGGACCCAUCCCACGCAACAUCCCGAAAAACAUGCCGGUCCCGUGUGUAUCCUACAGCCCUCACGGAAUAUUCCAGAAAUACUAAUCUCCGGUCCUGCUCCCUUUGCAUUGGGGGACCAGAAGGAAAACACGAAUGCACCUCCGAGAGAGACAGAGACAGAGAGACAGAGAGACAGAG